AUGGCGCACACAAAGAUUACUGGCGAAGUGAUAGGAAUCGACCUCGGCACCACCUUCUCCUGCGUCGCCGUCGCUCGAAAGGGCUGUAACGUCGAAAUAAUAGCCAACGACCAAGGCAACCGAACCACUCAGUCCUACAUCGCCUUCUCCCCAGUCUCCACCGGCUCCGAACGUCUCAUCGGCGAAGCCGCAAAGAAUCAGGCCACUCUCAACCCACGCCGUACCGUCUUCGACGUCAAAAGACUCAUAGGCAAAAAAUUCGACGACCCUGACGUCCAGAAAGAUCUUAAGUACUUGCCCUACCCCGUGGUUGAAAGUGACGGAAGGCCGUGCGUCGAAAUGGAGGUCAACGGACAGCUGAAAACUUUCACGCCAGAAGAAAUCAGCGCCAUGGUGCUGGUGAAAAUGAAGGAAACGGCGGAAGCCUACCUUGGGAAGCAAGUAAAACACGCCGUGGUCACCGUCCCGGCCUACUUCAACGACCUCCAGAGGCAAGCCACCAAGGACGCCGGCACUAUCGCCGGGCUCAAUGUUGUAAGGAUAAUCAACGAGCCGACGGCAGGCGCCUUGGCUUACGGUCUGAAUCAGGAUUCGAGACGCAAGAGGAAUAUUUUGGUGUACGAUCUAGGUGGCGGGACUUUCGACGUCAGCGUCUUGAAUAUUGACAAGGAUGAGUUCAGGGUGCUGGCAACCGGCGGGGACACUCACCUCGGCGGUGGGGAUUUCGACCAGAGAGUGAUGAAGUAUUUCGUGGAUAUGAUCAGGAGGAAGUUCAAGAAGGAUGUUAGUGAAGACCGGAAGGCUCUUGGAAAGCUGCGGAGGGAAUGCGAGAGAGCCAAAAGGGUACUGAGCAGUCAAACACAAGUUAGGGUGGAGAUUCAUUCUUUCAUACACGGGAUGGACUUCUCGGAGCCAUUGACGAGGGCGAGGUUCGAGGAUUUGAAUUCGGAUCUCUUUGAGAGAACAUUGGAAGUAGUGAAAUCGACAAUGCAGGAUGCAAAUGUGGAGAAGGAUGAGAUUGUGCUGGUUGGGGGAAGCACUAGAUCCCCAAGGGGUGUACCGUCUGUGGAGGUGACAUUCGAGGUUGAUGCGGAUGGAAUCUUAACCGUCACGGCCAAGGAUACAGCAUCAAAGAAUUCGGGAUCCCUCACCAUCAGCAGCAGUAAACGGAAUUUGAGUCAAAGUGAGGUGGAGAGGAUGACGACAGAGGCGAUUGAGAUGGCCGAGCAUGACAAGAAGGAGAAAGCACGUAUCGAUGCGAGGAACUGCUUGGAGAAGCAUAUCUAUGAUCUGAACAAGGCAAUUGAUGAGAAGCUUAAUGUUCGUGAUAAGGCCGAGGUGAAGACUGCUCUGACAGAAGCUUCAGAGUGGCUUGAUGAUAACCAGGAUGCGUGGGAGGAAGAUUACGAAGGGAGAAUCCAGGAAUUGACAGAUUUGUGGGCUCGUACUUGGUAG